GUCUCAUCACCAGACCAAGGGCAGACACCUACAACUUACUACGCCAUCCGAAAUCUCCCCACAAAAUCUCGAGUCGAUACGCAACCGUCACCAUGAAGUACUCGAGUUCCAUCCUGAUCGCAGCUUUCUGCGUUAGCGUCCUUGCCGCUCCUGCUGCUAAGCGUUCAUCCGUUGAGGAUUACGUGAUCGAGGUGGACAAGCGUUCGUCGGUUGAAGACUAUGUCAUCCCCAUCGACAAGCGUGGUGCCGUCGAAGACUACGUGAUCCCGAUUGACAAGCGUCACAACUCCGUCGAGGACUACGUGAUUGCGGUUGACAGGCGUGGUUCCGUUGAGGACUAUGUCAUCCCCAUCGACAAGAGGUCUUCGGUUGAGGAUUACGUGAUUUCCGUCGACAACAAGCGCAGCUCGGUUGAAGAUUACGCAAUCGGGGUCGAUAAGCGUGGUGCUGUCGAAGACUAUGUGAUCGAGGUUGACAAGCGCCACAACUCCGUCGAGGACUACGCCAUCGGGGUCGAUAAGCGUGGUGCUGUUGAGGACUAUGUCAUCCCCAUCGACAAGCGUGGUGCCGUCGAAGACUACGUGAUCCCGAUCGACAAGCGUCACAACUCCGUCGAGGACUACGCGAUCGGGGUCGACAAGCGUGGUGCCGUCGAGGACUAUGUGAUCGAGGUCGACAAGCGUCACGGUGGUGUUGAGGACUACGCCAUCGGGGUCGAUAAGCGUGGUUCUGUCGAGGACUACGUGAUCCCGAUCGACAAGCGCCACAACUCCGUCGAGGACUAUGUGAUCGAGGUCGACAAGGCCUAAAUGACCGCCUGGGACAGGUCAGCACAAUGAGAUAUGGCGCGGGAUCAGGCUGGGGACGGGGGACCAACAUGGAAUACUUGAAGGACUGGGACUUGAAUUCUCUCUGGUGGUUUGGGAAAUGGUGGAAAGGGCAAUGGCGGCAACGUGUUACGACUUGUGAUGACGACUUUUGGCCUAGGAAUGUUCUGGACUUAUGAUGUAACGUUUUGACGUACUUUCACUCUUUUAGCUAGGAAAGUGAGCACAGUGAUGUUG